UUUCUCCCUUUUAACACUUUCAAUUUCAAGAUGGCGGCAGACGCUAGGCAGUUUGUUAACCCAGAGCAGCCAGGCUAUGUGGGAUUUGCCAACCUCCCCAAUCAAGUUCACAGAAAGUCUGUGAAGAAGGGUUUUGAGUUUACACUCAUGGUAGUAGGAGAAUCUGGUCUAGGUAAAUCAACCCUUGUAAACAGCCUAUUCCUGACAGACCUUUACCCAGAGAGACAUGUACCUGGGGCUGCAGAGAAAAUCAAGCAGACUGUGAAAAUUGAUGCUUCCACAGUAGAGAUAGAGGAGCGGGGUGUGAAGCUCAGACUGACUGUAGUGGACACACCAGGGUUUGGGGAUGCUCUGAACUGUGAAGAUUGUUAUAAACAAGUCAUAGCAUAUAUAGAUUCACAGUUCGAAAGAUACCUCCAAGAUGAAAUGGGACUCAAUAGGAGAAAUAUUGUGGACAACAGAGUUCAUAGUUGUUUUUACUUCAUUAACCCUGCAGGACAUGGAUUAAAACCUCUGGACAUUGUGUUCAUGAAAGCUAUCCACCACAAGGUGAACAUCGUGCCAGUCAUUGCUAAGGCAGACACCCUAACAAGGGAGGAGGUGUUCAAACUCAAGUCCAAGAUAAUGGAAGAGAUAGCAAAACAUGGGAUCAAAAUAUACCCACUUCCUGAUUGUGAUGAUGAUGAAGAUGAAGAAUACAAGGAACAGUGCAGACAGCUGAAGGCAGCGGUACCUUUUGCUGUAGUAGGGUCCAACUCCAUAAUUGAGGUGAAAGGUCGCAAAGUCAGAGGUCGCAUGUAUCCAUGGGGAGUGGUGGAAGUGGAAAAUCCUGAACACUGUGAUUUUAUCAAGCUAAGGACCAUGCUCAUUGCUCAUAUGCAAGAUCUUCAAGAGGUCACACAAGAAAUCCAUUACGAAAACUUCAGAUCUGAGAAACUGGCAACAUCCAAGAGGACUAGUAAAACCUCCUCCCGCACCAGCAGAGCUGAGGGUGGUGGUGGUGGUGGAGACAAGGAGGACAAGUUGACAGAGAAGGAAAGACUGCUGCUGGAGAAGGAAAUGGAGUUGCGUCACAUGCAAGAGAUGAUUGCCAAAAUGCAGGCAGAAAUGGCAGGGGGUAAGGGAGCUGCUCCUUCACAAAAUGGAAGACCAGCGCCUGGUGUCAAGUCACACAAUGUCUAGAGAUAACCGGUUAAGCUAGGAGAUCAAGAAGAGGACACUGUACAAUCAUUUUAGUUUAUUUGUCUUCUGGCUAAAAAAUUGUUCAGAACAAAUGUUUAACUCUAAACUAGCAGAUUUUUACAAUACUCAAUAGAAAAUUCUGCCUUCACAAGUGUACAACUUAUUUAAUCUGCAAAGCUGAAUAUGUUGCAUAAAAGCUUGUAGGUGCCAGAACCAAUCUCUUUUUGCAUAUUAAACUUAUGUGAACCAUGAUUUGAGAAAGACACUCAUAUUACACAUUAUGCCAUAGUGACUUUUACUUUGUACAGGUAAGCUUGCAGACCAGCCUUACUUUGAAUUGGGUCUCACUGUGUGAAUCUGAAUAUUUAUAGGAAGCCAACUUGAAAUGAAGUCUCUUUGGUUGAAUAUAAUACUUUCAUUAAUGGAAGUUCCUUGUUUAAGGCUUAUUUAUGUUUUCCCUAGAAAUGUCACAUUAAGCAUGCAUUCCGUAAAUCAGACUUGAUCUGUAGAUGUAGAUGCUGUCAAACUGAAUACUGUCAAGUUUUGUAGCUAAGAUAAAACACAAAACUGGAAUUGGUCAUAAAGACUCCAACAGUAUUAUUAGUUGUAUACAUUAUUGUAGAAUUUCAGGGGUUUGAAUUUCAGUAGCUUUUAGUUCUAGUCAUAUGUUUGCAGAAGUGUUUUACAAUUGUUAGCUUAAAGUAAAUAGAUUACAGUAGGAAUGCUUUAAACUUAUUUCACAAAAUGAGCAAAUGCUUGAAGAUAAUGGCACCUUAACAAUGCCUGUGAGAAAAAAUUAAUUUACAGUCUAUCUUUUGCAAAAAAUUGAUUUUGUUAUUAAUCAUUAUGAUUGCCAUUCAUACAGCUGAAGUUUUGAGCAUGUAAAAGGGUGCUCAUCUAGAAAGAUGAUUAAAGAUAUGUGAUUGGUUUUUUUAAAGAACUAAUUUUUAGUGACACUACUAAAAUAGUUAAUUUUGAGAGACGGCUUAUUUCGGGAUGGGAAAUGAUUAAAAAAAAGGAAAGAAAAGUUGUAUGAAGAUGGAACCGUAAGGCCUCACAGCAUAUCCUGGAUUUGAUACAUCAUAUUUGAAAACUGAUAUUGAUAGCAAACUGAAGACUAUAGAGGAUGGAUCUAUCAAAGCCAUGCAGUUUUGCACAUCAGAACACCAUGGGAAGCACAGGGGGCAAACAUGCUUGUGAUAGCUGAUGAUAGUAGAUGAGGCACUCAGAACAGCUGGCAGAAAACACUGUUGUAAUAGGAAAACCUAACAAUGAAGUCAACAGUGUGUACAGUGUGUAACAUAAUUUAGUUAUUCCUUAUGUGUUUAAUCAGCAGAAGAGUAGAGAGUGUGUUUUGUGUGUAUUGUGUGAUACAUAAUCGUUAAUAAUGGGGAGACAGAUGCUGAUGUUUUGUCAAAUGAAAUGUUGCAUGUCAGGAUAUUACUACUUUCAGUGGUUAUCCCAGUGACUAGAAGAUGUACUGAUUUUAUGAUUAGUGGACCAUAGAGAUUGAAAGAGACAUGGGCAAGGGUAUCUUAUUUGAUGUUCUAGUGAUUAAACAAUGUUUCAGGGGUCCAUUCAUGAUGCGCAUGAGAUUCUUGUUCUUCUUUUGUUAGAAAGAAAAGAAACAUUGCAUUCAUUACUGAAGUUUGCACAUGAAUUUAUGUGAGAAAAUGACACCAAAUAUUUCCCUUUUGUAUGAAAUUGCCUAUGUCAGUUUGUUAUUAUUUCCUUUAUUAUAGGGUAAUAUUCUGUUGUCUAAGAAAGAAUGGCAAAGGUGAAGAAUAAUGUACUACUUACAACACUUAAGAACAAAAUAACUUGGUCACAACAAGAAAGUGUAUUCAAAUUUGCUUUAUGUCCUUUUGCAGGAAAAAGAUUCCUUUCAUCUCUGUAACAUAAUGGAUUUUAGUAAGAGCACUAAUGCAGUGCUAGGGUUCUAGGCAUUUAUGUUUAAUUCCAAAAUCCCUGGACAAUUAUUUUACAGUGUUUAGGGUAUGGACUGGGCUUCCCUAAUAAUGGCACGGAAAAAAUGUUGACAAUGAAAGUAAUUAUCGAAGCUGGUGCUUUUUUGCAAACUGAUAUAAAUACCUUUAUAUAGGGCUUGUGAAAAUAUGUAUGGCCUUUUACAGUUCCAGUUAUUCCAACACUCAACAGCCAAGGUUGUAUUAUACACUAUUAUAUAGUAGAUAGAGGUUUGUCCAAUAAAAAUUUGAAAUUA